AUGGGGUUCUCUAACCCCCUCCGCUCGAGGCACGGCCAUGGGCCCCAACUCCCCGUUUACGAGAAGGUCGCCAAAGAUCAAUUGUCCUCUCAGGAGGAGUACGAUUCCGAAAUCACAGACGACGAGCGCGAGGACGACUCCUCCGCCGCAUCAUCCCCCAGCCGAGACUCGAGGCGGACAACGUCCUCCCUGUCUUCGAAAACGAACAUGCUCAAGCGGAAGCUCAGCAUCAACUCCACCCUGGCACCGCCAACAGCUGCAGCCGCAAUGCUGAGUCCUAUAAACUCCAGGCGGACCACAUUCACCCUCUCGCGCCGUGGCAAUGGCUGGAAAUUCUACCGACUCCCCCACAAGAUCACACGUCUGCUCUGCCUCGGCCUCUUGGUAGGCAUGAUAUUAUUCAUCUCCGCCCUAUACCAUGCCGGCGUGUCAGAAAAUAGGAGGGUAAUGAAGGGCGAAUUUCCGCCGCGGCCACCGGGUCCAAACACAUGGGAAUCUUUCAGCUUUCUCACACGGUACUACGGAGGCAUCAGGACGCUUGUGCCCUUCAAGGACAACGUGUCGCAAUACCCAAGACUCGUCGAUGAACUCCCCUUCAACGGUACUGAAGGCGAAGGACCGGCGUUCUUCACGGGCGCACAGGAGCCUGUCGAGAGCAGCGCUGUACCUCCGAGCAAAGCAUUCGCCUCCGAGUACAAGAAAUCAGUAUUCGCCAACGCCGACAAGGUUAACGAGUGUUUCUUGGACAGUGAGCAGAACUUCAAAGUUCCACAUAUCCGAUAUUAUGAUGGGCGUCCCGCUGGAUUCCCUCAAAACGUCCUGGGCUCCUAUGAGCUUCUGGAUCUCCCUGAGGAUAUUUGUUUCGAGCGCCACGGCAGGCUGAGUCCAUAUGGAUUUGGAUAUUCCGUCCGGGCGGGUGGUCUAGGUAUUGGCGAGCAUGGGGACAAGGAAGGUUCGCAGCUGGUGUGGAAGAAUGGUCAGAAAAUUGACUGGCGCAACACCGACUGGGCUGAUGUACAGCGUCGGUGCUAUCAAUCCAACGCAGAGCGUUAUAAGCCCCUUACUCGCAGGCACCACCCCCCUCGCGGGUUCUAUAUCAACGAAAAUUUCGCCAACGAGACCCUCUUCCGGAGAGAUGACGCCAUAUCCAAGAUCGGGGAGGCUCAGGCGCCUGGCGCGGUCUCGGACGUCGCCAGCCCCCCACCGAAGGAGCACAAGGGCAAACCUGCCGAUGAGGCAGCCGACAAAGCAGUGCAGAAGCCAGAGAAUGGCGAUUUGCCCCGGACAGCUAUCGUCAUUCGGUGUUGGGAUGAGUACCCGUGGAGGGAGGAGGACAUCCUCUAUCUGAGAACGAUCAUCACUGAGCUGUCUCUUGCGUCUGGCGGACGUUACGACGUCCAUCUGCUUGUUCAGGUUAAGAACGAUGCAGCAUAUCCCAUCUGGGCCGACGAUGAAGUGUACGAGCAGAGGAUCAAAGACACCGUUCCUGAAGAGCUGCGAAAUAUGGUUACUCUCUGGACUGAGACGCAAAUGCUUUCUUUGUACCAAGGCAUCCAUGACCUGUGGACUCGAGGAAUGGACUUGCCUGUUCAUGGUGUGUACCGUGGACUGCAGAUGGCCAUGCAGUACUUCGCAUACAACCACCCAGAGUAUGACUACUUCUGGCAGUGGGAGAUGGACAUCCGGUAUACCGGCCACUACCUCGACCUAUUCACCAAGAUGGAGCAGUGGGCUGUGCAGCAGCCGAGAAAAGGUCUCUGGGAGCGCAACAGUCGCUUUUACCUACCAGCAGAGCACGGCACCUGGGAGGAUUUCAAGCAGAUGGCGCGUGUGCAGUCCGAGAUGGGAACUCCCAGUGCCGAGAACAUGUGGAAUGGCCUGGGCAAUAAGCCGAAGCCACUCGAGUAUUCUCGCGGGGAGAAGGUCAUCUGGGGCCCAGUCCGCCCCGUCGACGAGAAAGACUGGUACGAGCCCGAAAAGGAUCCAGUCCCGCCACGAGCGUACGAGCACGACAAGUACCAAUGGGGCGUUGGUGAAGAGCCCGACCUGAUCACCCUGAAUCCCAUGUUCGAUCCGGAAGGCACGACAUGGCUGCUGGCUGACGAUAUCACCGGCUACAACGAGUCGGAGGGCAUCGGCAAGCCUCCCCGUCGCGCCCAGAUCAUCACGGCUUCUCGAAUGUCUCGCCGCAUGCUCCUGACCAUGCACCGUGAGACGGCGUUCAAGAAACAUCAUGCGUUCCCCGAGAUGUGGCCCGCAACGAUAGCCCUGCAGCACGGAUACAAGGCCGUCUACGUCCCACACCCGCUGUACGUCGAUCGCGAGUGGCCCACCCAGUACAUGGCUCGAGUCUUCAACGCCGGCAAGAACGGCGCUACAGGUGGCUCGAGGACAUCAGUAUUCGGCCAGAGAGAACACAACCUCCAGGGUCUGUCGUGGUUCUAUAACUCGGGCUUCGCGCCGAACCUGUACCGGCGCUGGCUAGGGCUGAAAGUCAACAACGACGGCGGCGAGGAGUUCGAGCAGAUGAGGGAUUUGAGCAAAGACGAGAGCACCGUCGGCCAGAUGCGAGGCGGCGAGGGACGCAUGUGUCUGCCACCGAUGCUGCUGCAUCCCAUCAAAGGGGUAGAGCUGCCGGUUGAGGAGGACAAGGUCGAGGAAGUAGUUGUUGAGUCAGACCCGGCGGCAUAA